AUGGCUGCGCGAAUACUGGGGCGCGACCUCCCAGCCUCCCGCAUCCAUUGCCUGUACCAUUACCCAUGCCAUGAUGGCGUUUUUGCAGCACUAGCGCUGCAGCAGUACUAUUCCAAGUGCAAUGUACCGGUGGUGUGGGUGCCACACACCACCUUUAAGCCUCUCGCGCCCUCGAGCCUGGGCAUCAAGUCUGACGACCUCGUGUACCUGCUCGACUUCUCCGGACCACCGGGUUUCGUCGACGCCCUGGCCGCUCAGCACCCCAAGCGGGUGAUCGUGCUGGACCAUCACAAGACCGCCGCCGCGGACCUGGCGCGACCCGAGAUCCGGGGGCUGGAGGGCGUUGAGAUCCUGUUUGACAUGCACCGCAGCGGCGCCAUGAUCUCCCACGACUACUUCCAGCCGCUGGACCUGCCACCUAGGGUGACUGCCGUGUACGAGUAUGUCCAGGACGCAGACCUGUGGACGUGGAAGCUGCCCGGCAGUCGCGCCUUCCACGCCGGCCUCGCGGCGGCGGGCAUGGAGUACGACCCGAACCUCAACCGGAGCCUGUGGUCCGACCUGCUGGCAAUUGACCCAGAGGAGGUGCGCCGCGCCGGCGAGGCACGCCUGGCGGCGCAAGAGGGAAGGGUGCAGGCCGCGCUGGCGGGGGCCAUCCCCGUGCGGCUGGGCCCCGCAGAUGGGCCGCUGGGCGCUGCCCAGGGCCUGGCCACCGUGCUGGAUGACGGGGACGGCGAGGGGCGCAGCGUGCGCAGCGUGCUGGGCAACGCCCUGGCCGCCGCGGCAGGGGGCCGCGCCGCGCCCUUCCUGCCCGUGGGCGUGGUGGCGUACCGCGAAGAGGGCAUGGCGGGGCACAGCCUGAAGCUGAGCCUGCGAUCGCGGGGAGGUGUGGACGUGAGCGGGCUGGCGGCCGCCCUGGGUGGAGGUGGGCAUGCGGCGGCCGCCUCGGCCGUCGUGCCCGCCGCCGACUUCCAGGCGCAGUGGGUGGGGUUGGCGCAGGGCCCGAGCACUUGA